GGGGAGGGAGGCGAAGGGGCCGCCGGGAAGACGGAGCGGUCAAGCGGUCACUUGGCGCCAGGAGGACCUCAGACUCCAGCUCUGUGUCGCAGCUCUUCUCAGCUCCCCGGUUUCCGGCUAAGCCCGUUCCCCGGCAAUGGCCCCCGUAUGAGCGCCCGCGUCCAGUCCCAUGGCGGAUCCGCUGCCCCCCCUGGGAGAAGGACAAGCUGCCCCAGCUGCCAUCGCAGUCGCCGAGGAGCAGAAGGACUCCCCACCUCCACAGGGACCUGUGCUGGACAGGCCAGGCAGUGCAGCUACUGAGCUGGUGUCGGUAACUGAGGAGGACUUGCCAGCACUCGAACCCCAGAGCACUGCUCACACUGGUCCAUUGAGCCUGGUCCCGGACCCCGACCGCGUCCCUGGCGCUGUGGCUGAGACUCCGAAGGUGCUGGUAGACUCUGCGCACCCUGUCAUGCCCAUCACCAAGGUGCAGCCAUUCAUCAAUGAAGAUGAAGAGCCCUCGGAGAAGAGUGUGCGCACGUGGUUCCUGGCGCACCGCCUCGAGCUCCUGGUCGCCGGGGGUCUGCUGCUCACACUGGUCUUCGCUGUCGGUUUAGGAGUGGGUCUCAGCUGCACGGGCAAGUUCCGCUGCGGUUCCUCCUCACGCUGCAUCCGCAUCUCUGUGCAGUGCGAUGGGAAGGCCGACUGCGAACACGGCGAAGACGAGCUCCUCUGUGUGCGUCUGAGUGGGAGGAGCUCCGUGCUGCAGGUCCGAAAUGGCCGGACGUGGAACACGGUGUGUUCGGAGAACUGGACACCGGCCCUGGGCCUCUCCGCUUGCAAGCAGUUGGGAUACCCAAGGUACAUGCAGUCUCGCCCUGUCCCUCUCUCCUCCAUCGAGGAGGAGCUCCAGAGCAACCUGGUGUCCAUAAAUCCCAACCACAUCAUCCCUCAGCAGGUCACCAAGAUCCACAAUGCCACCGGCGAGAGUAAGACUCAGUGCAGCUCCGGGGCCGUGACCUCACUCAAGUGUCUCGAGUGUGGCACCAGGUUCGGGUUCAACAUGCGCAUCGUGGGGGGCAACCUGUCCGCACCUGGCCAGUUCCCCUGGCAGGUGAGCCUGCACUUCGAGAGGGUGCACCUGUGUGGGGGGUCCAUUGUGGCCCCGCGCUGGGUGGUGACGGCAGCCCACUGUGUCUACGGGUUCGAGAAUCCGGCACUGUGGGCGGUGCUUGUGGGAGUGGCGGAGCAGCCGGUGAACGGGGCGCAGUACCUCUCUGUGGACAAGAUCUUCUAUCAUUCGCGCUACCGCCCCAAGUGGCUUGACUAUGACAUCGCACUCAUGAAGCUGGUGGAGCCGCUCACCUUCAGCGAUCUGGUUAAACCCAUCUGCCUGCCCAACUUUGGGGAGGGAUUCGAGGACGGGAAGAUGUGCUGGAUUUCUGGCUGGGGGGCCACAGAGGAUGGGGGGGAGGCCAGCGUGUCGCUGCACUCGGCCCGGGUUCCGCUCCUCUCCAGCAGGGCCUGCAGUCAGCCGGGUGUUUACCAGGGCUUCAUAUCGCCCUGGAUGAUCUGCGCGGGGUACCUGGAGGGGGGCGUCGACUCCUGCCAGGGGGACAGCGGAGGCCCCCUGGCCUGCGAGGACUCCUCCGUGUUCAAGCUGGUGGGGGUCACGAGCUGGGGCCAGGGCUGUGCGGAAAGGAACAAACCCGGGGUUUACACUCGCAUCACGCUGGCGCUCACAUGGAUCCGAGAGCAGAUGGAGAGGGAAGAGGCCCUGGACCCUUCGCCCAUGAGCUCAGACAACUGAAGAGCAGAAAGACGUCUGCGGUGAUUUUUACCAUUUGUACAUUUUAUAACGCCAUUGUUUUACAUCUGAAAAAAUGAACUGAUCGUUCGGAUGGUUAUCAGCGCAUGUGAAUAUGGAAAAAGGAGGAAGGCUGCACAGCUGGCCUUGUUACUGUUCAUACUGCUGUUAUUGAAAUGUCUCAUUAUUAUCAGUGAUUUGUCCUUCAAAGACACAUUUUGGAAAAGCAGCUGUCCUGAUUUGACGGAUGUAUUACAAUAAUAAUCAGUUACUUUUCACAGAGCCAAAGCUACACAUUCCUCCUUUAACUCUACCAUGAGCUACAGGCAGCAGGUGGCACAGUGAGUUAAAGUUGCCACCUCCUGCUCAAAGGUUUAAA